CAGCCUAUUCCUUACCGCAGAUUGUGUAUUCCAACAGGCCUGGAACUAUAUCUAGUUACUUGAGAAAUGCUGCUCUGUAUUGUUGCAUAACUGCGUGAGCUCGUAUCACAUACUAUCAAAACACGGUCAUCGUAAGGAAGUAUCGUAAGAGAACUGUAGAAAUUCCUACUUACAGAAACAUGGAAUUGCCAACACCGCUAACAGUGACUGUAACCCAUAAAUAAACUGACGAUCAGGAGCUUACAGCAACGCCUUGGAAUCAUAUUCCUUUCACGCAGCUCGUAUAGACUGUCCAGAGGUCAAGAGAGCAAGCUUGGCUUGCUUGUGGCACAGCCGUGCUUUCGUGACUGGUUCACCACAAACGAAAUUCAACCGGAAGAACCAUGGAAGUGUGCAGCAUUAACGAUGUCAAAAUAUAUAACCUGGCAGCCGGUAAGAGCCUACCAGAUUGGUUGUCGGAUCGCAAGAAACGCGCCCUAACCCAGAACGACUCGAAAGUUCGGCACAGAAUCGAACUGAUUCAGGAGUUCGAAAUGCCAGCUGUUACAACUCACCUACGGGUCACUCCAGAUCAGGAGUAUAUCGUUGCAUGCGGAGUAUACAAGCCUCGACUCAGAUGUUUUGAAGUAUCUCAGCUGAGCAUGAAGUUUGAGCGGUGCUUCGAUUAUGAGGUGGUGGCCGUAGAGGUUUUGGCUGAAGAUUAUUCAAAAAUGGUAUUCCUCAGUUCGGAGCGCUACGUCGAGUUUCACGCACGUUACGGCAGGUAUCAUCGGAUACGAAUUCCGCGCAGUGGUCGUGACUUGAAAUACCUCCAGCAAUCCGCUGAACUUCUGUUUGCUGGUGAUAGUCCCGAGGUGUACCGAUUAAACCUUGAGCAAGGUCAGUUCUUUAAAGCGUACGAAAGUCAAGCAGCAGCUGUUAAUUGCCUACAAAUUCAAACAGACCACAAUCUAAUUCUAAUGGGAACAAGCGAUGGCACUGUGGAAGCGUGGGAUCCUCGCUGCAGAGAAAAUAUUGGUAUUCUUCCUGCGGGUGACGAAGUUUUUACUGAAGACCUAAAAAAUAUUCCUGGCAUCACAAAGAUAUCAUUCAGGGAUCCUUUGACUAUUGGAGUAGGCACCACAUCGGGACACGUUUUACUGUAUGACAUUCGUUCAGACAAAUCAUUUCUUCGAAAGGAUCAUAUGUACUCAAUGCCAAUUAGAAGCCUGGAUUUCCACAAUGACAAACGAAUCAUUGCAAGCGAUGCCAAAGCGGUGAAAAUCUAUGGGGAAGACGGCAGGAUCUUUACGAGCAUUACAACAGCGCACGAUAUCAACGACGUUAAAGUGUUCGGUCGGUCAGGCUUGAUUUUCAUUGCAACAGAAUCGCCCAAAAUUCAGCCAUAUUACAUUCCUGCUCUAGGAACAGCUCCACGCUGGUGCAGUUUCCUCGACAACAUCACUGAAGAGCUUGAAGAAAGCAAUCAAGACACCGUCUAUGACGAUUACCGUUUCAUCACAAACAAGGAAUUAGAGGAGCUCAAUUUGACGAAUUUGGUUGGUACGAGCAUGCUACGAGCGUACAUGCAUGGCUACUUUAUAGACACUAGACUGUACUAUAAGGCGAAGGAGCUCAGUCAACCAUUCGCUUAUGAAGAAUACAAGAAGAAGAAGAUCAAAGAAAGGCUAAACUCCACGCGCGUAGACCGCGUUCCAGACAAACGAACUAUGGACCUCCCGGCUGUGAAUAAACGCGUUGCGCAGAGACUCCUGGAGAAGGAACAGGAACUUAAGGAGAGCAAUGAUAAGAAAAAAAUGAAGAAAUUCAACAACCCGAUGAAGGAUCCAAGGUUUUCUGCCAUGUUCUCUAACCCCGAGUUCGAGGUUGAUGAGGAAACUGAGGACUAUAAUAGACUGAGAAGUGUUAUUGCGAUCUUGCAGAAGCCUAAAAAGAUGAAUACUGAAGGUAGAGCUGCCAAUAUGCUGACAUUUCAGGAAGGGGGAAACGAGGAGGAUCGCGAUGAUGAUGAGAACGCCUCUGAUUUCUCCGAUCUUGACGAUUACAAUAACUCGAUCAUUGAUAGCCAUGGGCCAAGUAUUGAACCAGCGCCGCAGAAAAACAAGUCUGAGUCGCUCGAGGACAAGGAUGCCGACGGGUUUUGUAGAAAAAGUGGCGCCGAGGCGUUACACGGAUUCCGUCCAAACACAAAAAAAGUCAAGAAAUCAACAAUAUCCCUCGCUGAGCGACUGGAGUCAGGCAAGGAUACAAAUCUGGUUGAGAUAAGUAGGGGGUUCACAUCAGGUAACCGAAUGAUGACAUACCAAAUUAAGAAAAAGCGAUAUGAAGAUGAAAAUAAGAAGCACGUGGAAGAGCGCAAGCGAUUGCGCCGAUCUACGAAGGGCCUCAAUAUGAAUAAGGUGUAAUUAGAUUGAGUGUACUUAAAGGGUGAUCGGUAGAGAUUGUGAAAAUGGGCGGUAAGGACUAAUUGCUGAGUAUUCUUCAAGUACUAUGUUUAAAAAAUGCUCAGGUGUUUAGAAUGCUGUUGUUAAAUCUGUUAUUAGAUGGGGUGGAAACUUUUGUUAUUAGUUGACUGAAACUGUGAAAGCUAUAACAGUUAAAGAUGUCGCUAUAGUUGUUUUUGGAAGAAAUUUUUGCAUCGUAGUUCAUGCGUGUUUAUAUAUAUUAUGGUACACGCAUGGAUUCACAAGCCAGAUUUUUUCUUUUACGUCAAACAGGUCAAAUAACGCGUGAUUUCAACAAAGAAGGGGAAUGAACAAGUGGAUACAGAUAACGUGUGCUAAUUACUGAACCACAUAAUGCAUUUGAUAUUCAUUACAUGUUCUUUUGG